CAGACGUAUGUAAUCAUUUGUAACGGUUCAGAAUAGAUUUUAGGUGAUUUUAUUCUGUUAUAUUCCAAGUUCCGUUUGUUGAACGUGUUGAACUUUCUUGUCACCAUAAUUUUGUUAUGAAUUAGCGAGAGAUCUUCAUAGGCCUGUCGUACCAUCGUGUUAAUUCAAUUAUACUUUCUUUGUAACACUCUACUUUCGAUUGCUUCCGGUUUCUUUCCACUGUUUGAUUGUUAUUUUAUGAUUUUCUUUUUUCAAUUAAAUACACAUUUAAUCAUUUUAACAGCAUUAUUUGUAUUUACCUUACAUACUUGAUCCAUUUCUCUUUUUGUACUGUACAAUAUUUAAUUAUUUCUCGUUUAAAUUCCUAAUUAAAUAUAAUUAAUAAAUACUACAACGAAUUUUCGGAAAAAGAGAUAUUGUGUAACAUUUUUUAAUAUCAUACCAUACAUUUCUGUCUAAUAUUAUAUGUAUAAUUUUUUAUUUUUAUUAUGUUAACUCUUUUGUUUUUGCAUGUGAUUUAGAAACACAAUUAAUUUUGAAGAGGUUGAAAUACAAGAACUAUAGAUUUCAAUAACAAGUUUUAUACAGCUUGUGAUAAACGAGCUACUUCAAUACUACAGUUGUUGAAAAUUCUUAGACUUUAUUAAUGGCAUUUUCUAAAAAAAUUUGUAAUUCUUUUGUUAGAAGAAGUGCACUUGACAUUAUCAUAUCAUAUUUGUCUGUAGGUGAUUAGCUAUGGAGUUGCUGAGCAAUAACUUAUUUUGUUAAAUUUGGUUUUGUAUCAAUUGUAACAAAUAAAAUAUAUUGAAAACAUAAGUAUAAACUAAAUACUUUUAUUGUUAAAUAUUAAUAAAAAAGAGAAUCCAUUGUACUUUAUUGUGCAUUGCACUAUUUUAUGGUAAAUAUGGGAAUUAUAGUUUUAUUGAGAAACUAGAAAAGCAAUGACCUAAAAGUAAAUGAGUACACUUGAGAAAUCUGACUGAAAGAAUAACUUUCUUCUCUAAUAAUUAAUCUUUUUUGGUGCAUAAAAGGAUGAACUUAACAAAUAUGUAUAUGAUUCCUAUUAAACAUAACUAUGUCAUUUCUUAUGUGUAGAUCAAUACAUCGGAUAACAUACUGUUUUACUUUUCAAGCAUAUUUUAGAUAUUAAUUCAAAAUGUCAGACAUCGAAGAAGACGAGUUUCAAGAUGCUCAAGAAUCCAUUUCACAGCCUACUUCCAUGGAUUUAGAUACAGCAAUAAUGGAAGCAAAGAAAGCUAUACACUAUUUUUUUAAUAAUGAUUUUGAAGAAGCACGAAAAAUUAUGGAACCCUGGGCAAGCAGUAGCAUAUAUCACUCUUUAGGAACAAGCGUAUUUGCAUUCCUUGAGGCUAUUUUUACAUUUGAACAAAAACAGAUUGAGAAGGCAGCUGGAGCUGUAAAGCAAUGCAUGAGCGUAUGCUUGAAACAUCGUAAACAUGCAACAUUAUCAGAAAAUAUAGGCAAAAUGGUCAAGAAGACUAAUUAUGAUACUUAUACAAUUGAGGAAGUGCAUGCGGAACUAUGUUAUGCCGAAUCACUUCUUUUAAAAUCGAUGCUCACGUUUGUGGAGGACGAGACAUUGGUCAGUUUUGUCAAGGCUGGAUUGAAAAUUCGUACCUGCUUUCUGUCGUAUAAAGAAUGUCUAACAAUUUUAAAUAGUCGUAAAUGGGAAAAUGAGAUUCAUAAAAUACAUUUCGAGAGUGGUGUCCGUACGGGAAUUGGUGCAUUUAAUUUGAUGAUCUCAUUAUUACCAGCAAAAAUUAUCAAACUUCUAGAAUUUAUUGGAUUUUCCGGUGAUAAAGAAUAUGGUUUAUCAGAAUUAGAAGCAGGAUAUAAAGAAAGAAGGGGUUUACGGCACGUAUUGUGCGCGAUGAUUCUUUUAGCUUACAAUUUAAUAGCAUCUUUCGUUUUAAGUCAUACGGAUGGUGAUUUGGACUUGUGCGAAAAAGUAUUAGAAGAAGAAUUAAAUCUCUACCCAAAUGGUGUAUGGUUCUUAUUUUUUAAAGGCAGAUUAGAAUUAACAAGAGGGAAUUUUGAGAAUGCCUUAGAAUGGUAUACCAAGUCUUGGAAAAGUCAAGACGUAUGGCCUCAGUUUCAUCAUAUUUGUUUUUGGGAAUUAAUGUGGGCACAUUGUGGGCUACAACAAUGGAAGCAAGCUGCAACAUUCGCCGGUACUUUGGCCAAUGAAUCAAAUUGGUCGCGUACUAUUUACUUAUAUCAAAAAGCUGCGAUUCUUAUAAUGCAGAAUCCACCGUCGAAAAGCGAAGAGAAAGAAACGAUAGACACUUUAAUGAUGAAAGUACCUACGUACAAGCAACGUAUCGCUGGCAAGUCAUUACCCAUGGAAAAAUUUGUUAUAAAAAAGGCUGAACGUUAUUUUGCCCAAAAGAAACAUCUAGUCCUUCCUGUAUUUGAACUUAUGUAUAUGUGGAAUUUAUUCCGAAUGAUUGGUAAACGGCAAGAUUUAAUGUUAAAUAUAUUUAAAAUAAUAGAAGACGCUGAAAAAGAAUUGAAGAAGGCGACGAAAACUGAAUAUCAUGCCGACAAUGAAGCACUUAUCUUGCUUUUAAAAGGUGCUUGUUUACGGCAAAUGAAGCAUUCUUUGUUGGCCGAAGAUUGUUUAAAACGAAUUUUCGAGCUGGAUAAAUCGAUUAGAGAAGAUACCUAUUUACUUCCUUAUGCAACGGUCGAAUUAGCUUUGGUAGCACAAGAUCGAGGAAACAUGCAACUUGCUAUUGGAUUUCUAGAGGAUGCCAAAAAGAACUUUACCGGGUAUAUGUUAGAAUCUAGAUUACAUUUCAAAAUUCAUUCCGAUUUAAUGCGAUUAACAGGAAAGAAGUCAGAAGAUGUACUAGUAUAAUGAAAUUUGGAAAUUAUGAUUUCUGUAAAAAAAAACUUGUUACUGCCAAUAGUAUCGCUAUUGCAGCUUGAAGCACAGUUUUAUUAACAACUUGUUCUCAUGUAACAAACUGUUGCAUACGUUCUAAUCUGUUUUUCUUUUUCUUUGGAAAUUAUGCAUUUUGUUGACAUCAACUUUUCCAUGUUACAGAAUGUAAUGUAAACAUUUUAACUGAUUUUUACCUGAGAACCAGUAUCUUAUUUUUAGUAUUUGUUAACUAUAAUAUACAUAUACUUAGUUGCACUUAUCAUAGCUCGUUCACAAGGUUUAGACAAAGGUUAAGGAAUUAAAUUAUUUAAUUUAAAUUAUUUUUGUUAUGAAAUAUAUUAAUAAAUCUUUAUGGGUAGGUAAAAUACCAAUAUAAUUGGUAGCAGUAAAACUAUCAGUGUCGUUUGCGUGUAUAUAUGCAUAUAUACCGGUUAAUACACGUUGUACGAACGAUGUUUAAUAAAUUAUAAACUAAAUAGUACAUACAAGUAAGAAACAAAGGGAAAAUAACAAGCUGGUUUACGGUUGUUUGAAUUUCUCAUAGUGGAAGUUGAUUUGUGAUUUUGCUAAUUUAUUUGACGCUUUAAAUGUUGACAAAUACAUUCUUAUUUUUUAAAAAUUCAUUACUUAAAUGAUUAAUAAAUGUCCUACUCGAAUGCGGAAUUUAUACUCACGUGUUCAUGCACGUAAUGUAUUUAUGAAUUUUUUUUAUUUUUUUACGUCACCUUACCAGUUACGUAUUGUCGCUCGUAUGUAUAUUAAUUAUGUUACUGCCAUGUCAGAGCUUGUGUAUUUUCCGUGUAAGUACAUGGUUAUAUACGCAUUAAUCAGAUAAAUAUACAGCGUGUAGUAUUCUAUUUCUAUCUUAUACAGGGUGGACCAGUAAUUAUUAGUACCUAAAUUAUUUUCGGGGCUAUAAAAGAUAUUGAAAACAAGUUGUUGGAGACAAGUCUGAAAAGAAGAGGUCAUUGCACACUGACAAUGAUAUACUUUUACCACUUAGGAGUUAGAAGAUGGAAAGAUCAUUUUGUUCUUUAGCUGAAUUACUAUUAUCAAUCUAUUACUAACAAUAGAUAUCUAAUAUCAAAUUAUUUACAAUUAUUAAAAAUGAUAUAAUCUCCAUAUUGUAUACUGAUAUGUAUCAACAUUGUAUUAUACCAUUAUUGUAACAUUGUAAUACUGUAAUUAUCUAACUAGUCAAAUGUAGUAAUAAUAUUUUGUACUAUAUUCAAUUA